ACUAUAAUUCCAUUAGUUGAUUAUUAUAUAAAUUUAAACAGUUUAUACAUUUAAUUACAGAAACAAAGGGUAGAAAAAAUGUUCAAAAAAGUAACCAUAGCCAAAAUUUAGGCACAUAAAACAAGCAAUCAAAUUAUACAAAUCCAAAAAAACACAAAAGAAUGGAAAGAAACUGUCGAAUUGCUUAAAUCCACCAGUGGCGGUAACAAAACAUUUUCGAAAUAAUUGAAGUGGCGGCAUCAGCAUCUUCUUCUUCUUCUUCUUCUCUCUCGAGUCUAUAUGUGUGUGUGUAUAUAUAUAUCCAUUUUUUGCAACUUAAAAACUUAUAAUUUCUAUUUCCAAACUGUUGAUUUUGGAUCCAAUGGGUAACGAGAAUGAUACUCGCGUGCAUUCCACUCGCUCAUCAUCGUCAUCAACAUCGGCAUCAAAGAAACGCGUCUCCAAUGCUACUCACUCUCAACAACUCACUAAAAAGCGAGUCCCUUUAGGCGAAAUCACUAACACAGUCACCGAGUCCACUCAGAACUCGGACUUGGACUCAACCCAGAAGCAAGUUCUUCAUUUAAAGGAGAAAGCUGAACAAGAUUCAGAGAAUUGGUCGAUUGCUGAAUCAACCCAGAUUUCUGAUGUUGAAAUUAGUACUAAAAACACGAAAUGUGAAGUGAAGAUCAAGAAUCAAUGGGACUUAGAGAGCUCAUUGAGUAGUGGGUCUAAUCAGGGUUUGGAUUUAAAGAAGUGUUCUUUUUCUUCUUCUAUAUAUGGGUAUCUUCAUUCUCUGGAGAUGGAAGAGAACAGAAGAUGCUUGUCGAAUUACAUGACUAAGGUGCAGACUGAUAUUUCAGUGAAAAUGAGAGAAAUUUUAGUGGAUUGGUUGGUGGAGGUUGCUGAAGAAUACAAGCUUGUCUCCGACACCCUUUAUCUCACAGUAUCAUAUAUAGACAGAUUCCUUUCUUCACGAGCUCUGGGCAGGAACAAGCUACAGCUUCUCGGCGUUUCUUGCAUGCUUAUUGCCUCGAAGUAUGAAGAGAUUAGUCCUCCACAUGUUGAAGAUUUUUGCUAUAUAACAGAUAACACUUACAGCAAGGAAGAGGUAGUCGAUAUGGAGAAAGAUGUACUUAAAUUCUUGAACUAUGAAAUGAGUACUCCUACAGCAAAAAAUUUUCUAAGGAUAUUAACAAAAGCUGCUCAGGAAUAUUGCAAAUCUCCUGAUUUGCAAUUUGAGUUCUUGAGUUGUUAUCUUGCGGAGCUAAGUUUGUUAGAUUAUCAGUGUGUCCUCUUCUUACCAUCAGUGAUUGCAGCAUCAGCUGUUUUUCUUUCAAGAUUCACAAUCCACCCAAAAAUGCAUCCUUGGAAUGCUUCAUUGCAACGAUGUUCUGGUUACAGACCAUCUGACUUGAAAGAAUGUGUGCUUACCAUUCAUGACCUGCAAGUAAAAAGAAAAGGAAGUGCUCUGUUAGCAAUAAGAGAUAAAUAUGCACAGCAUAAGUUCAAAUGUGUGGCGACAUUGUCCUCUCCUUCAGAAAUUCCUGUUCAUUAUUUUGAGACCAGUGAUGAGUAAUGAUUCACAAGAUUCUUGAAGAGGUUUAUCUCAAAGUCUGUUAUAUCAUUCGUUUCUUCCAAGGGGUCUAACAGUUCAAUGCUGCAUCAACUUCUGGUUGAUUGCAGGUUGGUUUGAAGUUGGGUGCUUGAAGACUUCAUCAUGGUUAUAAUGAAGUACCAUGGCAGCCGUUGCUGACUAGCACUUGUAGGUUUUUAAAAUUGUUGAGUUUUCUCUGCAUACCUUUAGCAGAUCAUGAAAAUAUCAUUGCUUUAGGCACGUCUAUGUUAUUAUGCUGAUUCUGGCUUUGUAUGUCCUGAACGAAGAAAAUUUGUAUUCUUCUAUCAAAUAAACAUUUUUUGAAA